UUUUCACUUUUGUGUUCUCAACAGCCUGGUUGGGAGAUGCACAUAAUCAGCAGAAAUGUUAGUAUUUUGUGUUGCGAUAAUUCCUCAAGGAUCCUCCUUUUUAGGGUCCAUAUCUUGGCUGACUGACCUUCCCAGCUGACUGGCCACAUCUCCCUCAUGCCGCUUGGACUAGGCCGCCGGAAGAAGGCCCCACCACUGGUGGAGAAUGAGGAAGCCGAGCCCAUUCGAAGUGGCCUGGGUGGGAUGGGAGUAGGCAGUGUCAGUGGUGUGACUGCUCUCCAGCCUGGCCUCCCACCACCACCAGCCAACCUUCGUCCUCGCCUUGUUUUCCAUACUCAACUGGCCCAUGGCAGUCCCACUGGCCGGAUCGAGGGCUUCACCAAUGUUAAGGAAUUGUACAGCAAAAUUGCUGAAGCCUUCAAAAUCUCACCAGUUGAGGUGAUGUUUUGCACCUUAAAUACCCAUAAAGUGGACAUGGACAAGCUUUUGGGUGGACAGAUUGGCCUGGAAGAUUUCAUCUUUGCUCAUACAAAGGGCCAGAGGAAAGAGGUCGAGGUGUUCAAGUCCGAGGAGGCGCUGGGCCUGACCAUCACAGACAAUGGUGCUGGCUAUGCUUUUAUUAAGAGAAUCAAGGAAGGAAGCGUUAUUGACCGGAUUCAAGUCAUCAACGUUGGGGACAUGAUCGAGUCCAUCAAUGGUCAGAGCCUCAUUGGCUGCCGGCAUUAUGAGGUUGCCAAAAUGCUGAAGGAUUUACCCAAAGGCCGCACUUUUGCACUGAAACUCACUGAGCCCCGGAAGGCUUUUGAUAUGAUCAGUCAGAGGUCUGCUGGAGCCAAAUACAGUGGGAGCACUCAGCUUGGCACAGGAAGGGGCACUCUGAGGCUUCGGGCCAAGGGACCAGCCACUGUGGAGGAACAGCCAACUGCAUUUGAGGAGAAAGCCAUUGAGAAGGUUGACGAUCUUCUGGAAAGCUACAUGGGCAUUCGUGACACAGAGCUGGCUGCUACCAUGGUGGAGCUGGGCAAGGACAAGCAGAAUCCUGAUGAAUUUGCUGAGGCACUGGAUGAGCAGCUGGGCGACUUUGCUUUCCCAGACGAGUUUGUGUUUGACGUCUGGGGGGCCAUUGGGGAUGCCAAGGUUGGACGCUACUAGGACUCUGCGCUCUGUUGGACCCUGCAGGCAGGACCAUUGGGCAGGCCCACUGGUGGGCCUGGCACAACACUGUGCCCUCCUCUUGUUGCUAGGUCACCCGUUUCCUUUCUGAAGGGGCUGGAGCCAGAGCUACAGGGGCCAUAGAGCAAUAAGUAACCUGCAUCAGUGACAGGAAUGUAAUGUGAAGUAGAGCCAGAAAUAUUGUUGCUGCUGCUUCUCACCUCCCUGUGCACAGAGACUCCUCCCUUAGAUGAGGGUAGUCUGCCAGGAGGACUUCUUGUCGGUUUCCUUGUCUGAUCUAGGCACUGUUCUCAGGCAAGUGCAUUGGCCCUUGCUGGUUCCCAAGCCUAUCCUUGCAUGAGAAAGAACAAAACAGAAUGCUGAAUUCAAGCCUGAGAGGGUGAUACAUUGGCCUUGGCAUUCUGAUAUGCCAUUCUCCUGAGGAGUCCCACAGAAACUCCAGUGGAGAUGCAUUGGCGAGGGGGGUGCUAUGUCGGCAGCCCCAAGCACCUCCUAGCUGUGUGUGUCUGUUGUAAGCAGACAGAAGCCUAAGAAGGUGUACUCUUUUAUUUUCUUUCCCAGAAUUAGCAUCUUCUCUGCUAUUUUGGUACGAGAUACAUGUUGGCAAGUCGUUUUGCAGUAGGCUCAUUCCACAGAUGCUGUCUCCUUCACUCUGUUGUGUACACACAGGAACACACAGCCUUCUUUAGGGAGUGCCCCACUUGUCUAGUGUCUUUUUGCUCCUUGUAGCUUGCUGUAGGCCUUAAGAUGGGAAACAUUCUGUUGUUCCCCUCAAAGCACCAUAAGCAGCUAAUGGAAGGAAUACACUUGUCAUCUGUCCUAUUUUCUAUAGAUGCAAAAAAAAUCUGUGGGACUAGGCACCAACUCUGCUCCUGGGGUCCCAGGUAAGUUUCUGUCCCAUCCUGCCUUAUACAGCCUGUAGCUGCUCUGUGCCCUACUUCCCUGCCCUAUUCAUUGUGACAGUAGUGAUGUCAAACUUGCAGUUCAAUUACAGUUACAGCCACAUAUAACAUAAGCAUAUGGUUGCACACCCAGGUUUGGCCAGUCUCUUUUCUAAAUGGGCCUGGCCUCCUACAGAUUGUGUCGCUGAUUUUUUUCUUCAUGCACUUGAGCUUUUAUGACCCCUGGCAACUCAUGCUGUGUGGAUAGUGCAAAGACUGUCCCAGGCAGAGCCCAUGCUGAGCUGGUCACAGCAGUGGCAUUUUCCAUGCUACUGUUGGGGGUACUCUGGCCCUGGACUUGUUCCUGGAAGUUGUUCUCCUCAAGGUGCUUCUUAUCAGGACUUGGAGGCCCUCCCCAGUGACAGCAGCAGGGUCCCCUCACUGUCUCAAUUGGGGCAUGUCAGGGUCUGUGUUGACUAAUCUGUUCGUUUGUAUUAUACUGACCUACCUCCCAGAGUGACCCAAUUAGUGUCUGUAAAGCAUUCUCUAUUAAAUUAUUUAUCUCUCACUGACACACACCCCAAUAUGUUAGUUCUCUACCUAGUGUUACAUCCUCAGACUGUAAUUUGGGCUGUGUCUGGUUGUCCUGGGAGCUGAGAUGGUUACCUUCAGCUGCACCUCACAACCCCAAUUCACCUACUGUAUCUUUAAAACACUAACCCCAGAUAGGAUAUGGAGCCUAGUUGCCCUCUAUAGUACACCUCAAGCUCAGAGAGGGCAAGGCUUCUGCCAAGCCCUGCCUACCCCUGUCCUGGCACUGGAAGUUUCUUGGGUAGACCAAGCACCAUAUCCUCCUUGGGCAUAUUUUUGUAUUCUAUGUGUAAAGCAUCUUUAAGAUAAAGUAUAUUGACACUAAUAAUAUCUCUGUGUAUGUAUGUAUAUAUGUAAAGAGUGUAAGGAAUGGCAUUCUGGUAUUACAUUUCUCUUGCCCUCUGAGUGCAUUAGAAACCUGUAGACAUGGAGAGGAAAAGUCUGCUGGAGAAGGAAGCUGGAAGGGGCCAGAAAAGUUUGUGUAGUGCUGUAAGUAAUAGGUAAGCAACCAUGGUUCCUUGGCUGCUUCUGAGGAAGAAGAGAAGGAGAUACAGCAGAAGUGUGUUACAUUCUACAUUUCAAAGAGGUAUUGGUACGUAUGGAUUAUAGAUCCCACAAUAGACAAGGAUGCCUGCCAUGAGCAAUGCCCAACAUAAAAUUGCUGCAACCUGCAUGGUCACAGUCUGUUGUGUUUCUUCUGGAUCCUAGGCCUGAGUGAGCCUGCCGCCCAUUAGCUCUUUGACAUGCCCUUUAGGUUUGAGCUCUGGCAGAGCUGCAUAUUAUGCAUCC